AUGAACUCGCUUCGCCUGUUAGCCACCGGCCUGUCCUCUGCCGAAGUUUUUAUGGCUCGGCCCGUAGCACAACCGCGGCGAAUGCGCGCCCUGUUGACUCCCCCUCGCUUCACACAGCUUCCGCCUAAGCGCCUCCCGCCACCACGCGACAAAGAUCCCCCGGACAAGUUCGACCGCCGCAUUGCCCCGCGCCCCAAACAGAUACUGCUUUGCGAGGUUACGCCCAAGCGGGCACAUCAGAACUCGCGGCCUGGGCUGAUCAAGUUCCGCGUUAUCCUCUUGGCCGCCAAGCGCGCCGCUGGAUUUGUUGGAAGCCAAGAAUACCAAGCACAACACUACAUCCACCCCGUCUGCAGCACCUACGGCGCCACCAACCUGGCCCCCGAACUGCUAGGUCUCGCCAAAGGCGCUGUCGGCUCAAGCUCUCAUGCAGCAGUCCGACUACGGCUGGUGCCCAAGACUACCACUUUCCAACUCGCGCCGCCGCGCUUCCGGGCUGCGGUCGCCCUGCUUGGCGAUUUUGUCGGCCUGCCGGUGCAGAGAUUCCACACUCAUGGCUGGAAACACCCGACUAAGCAAAGCGGCGUUGUGGGCCGGUCCGUCCGGCGCUUGGCGAUGCGGGGAGCCCCUCGUCUUUCCAUCCGGGAUCGCUUUCAAGGACCCGAAAUAAACACCCAGUCCACGCAGCCUUUCAGCGACCAGGAAGAGUUCCGUCGACGCGUGGACCAGCACAUCGCCGAGUUUGGAGAUGGGGCGGCGAGGGCAGCCGAGGACGCGCCUCAGCCAUUUGGUUCCCCGAUGACCCCUGCCGCCCUGGAGGCGGGCGAGAUAAUCCGAGCGUUCGAGGCCGCGUCGCUCGCUUCACUGCCCAACGCCCGGCUCAUUCUCGCCGCGGCCAUCUGCCUGGAGGGCAAGGCUUCCCCCGCUGUCGUCCGCCUUCCCGAAAGCGUCGGCUCCUGGGGCGUGGUCGGCGUUGUGCAGCACCCGCACGACGUCGACUUCACCCUCUGCAUCCCCUUCCACGAUCCUCCGGACGCCGGUGUCAUCCUCAGGGGCCUCUCCUCCGCCCUCCAGUAUCUUCAAGGCCAAGGCAUCUGUCACAAUAACAUCAAGCCGGCAAAUAUUGCCUAUUCCACUGCCCGCGGUGCCGUCCUUCUCAACUUUGGCCUCGCCUCGUCAGAAGGGGACAGCAGAAAAGCCGGAGGUUCGCCAUGCCAAGGUGACGCUUCCCGGCCAGUCGGAAUAUUAUUGACCAUCGCCAAUAUUCGGAAUGUGAGGUCAACUGCUGGAAACAAGAUGAAGGAGUGGGUGGGAUUGGUUGGUGAAGCUAGGCGCAGUCUGGACAUUCAGGGCACGGUGGAACGAGUCGUCCACUUGGCGCUUGAGGCCAAGGGCUAG